GACGUUUCACAUAUUUAUUAUUAUUGGCCCAAUUCGACAUUAGUACAGUUCCUAAUCACAAAAAAAUCGCUAUUGUGUGUAGGGAACCGUAGGCGAAUACAGUAGGCAAAAUGAAAAUUCAAUUGAUAUUUUUAUCGUUUAUAGUUUUGAGUUGUAUACAAUGGUUACCAGCGGAUGGGCAACGAAAAACCGGCUCGCCGCAAACACUCGGCGAACGAGUUCAACUGCUCACGGAUAUGAAUGCCAAACGACCUGUGCUGAAAUUUAAUUUGCAAAAAUUCCGCGAUUUUGUGAGAGCCACACCGAGAAACUAUUCUGUUGUGAUAAUGUUUACAGCUUUAGCACCGGCCCGACAAUGCGCUAUCUGCCGACACGCCCACGAUGAAUACACAAUCUUAGCCAAUUCGUUCCGAUAUUCACAGGCUUAUUCCAACAAUUUAUUCUUUGCCAUGGUCGAUUUCGAUGAAGGUUCCGACGUAUUCCAGAUGCUUCGAUUGAACACCGCACCAGUUUUCAUGCAUUUCCCCGCCAAAGGCAAACCAAAAGCCGCUGAUACCAUGGACAUUCAACGUGCUGGCUACAUGGCUGAAUCACUUGCAAAAUGGAUUCAAGAACGUACCGAUGUUCAAAUCCGUGUAUUCCGACCACCAAACUACUCCGGUACCAUUGCUAUUCUCAUGCUUGCCUCAUUGGUUGGCGGUUUCUUGUACAUGCGACGCAACAACUUGGAGUUUUUGUUCAACAAGCGAAUGUGGGGCGUUUUGGCGCUUACCUUUUGCUUUGCUAUGAUCUCAGGUCAAAUGUGGAACCAUAUCCGUGGUCCACCGCUCAUGCACAGAGGCGCCAACGGUGGCAUCGCCUACAUUCAUGGAUCAUCACAAGCGCAAUUGGUCAUUGAAACAUACAUCAUCAUGUUCUUGAAUGCCAUGAUUGUUCUGGGUAUGAUUCUCCUCACCGAAGCUGGUCAGCAAACCGAUCAACGAAAGGGUCGCUUCAUGGCGAUUAUUGGAUUGGUUUUAGUUGCAAUAUUCUUCUCCGUAAUCCUUUCGGUAUUCCGUUCCAAAGCUCAAGGCUAUCCAUAUAGUUUUUUGUUUAAAUAAACGGGUUCACAUAUUAAAUGUCUAUGUUCGAAGCAGGAACUAUUUUUUUUUGCCGUGGUUUUUGUGAUUGUGAAAGACAAACAAAUAAAGAUGAAAAUAAAAUUUUAGAUAAAAUAAAAUAAAAAUGCGAGCAAAAAAUAUUUAAAAAUACAAAACCGAGGAAAUCGAUAGUCGAUUGCAAUUUAGUUCCGGGCGUUAAGAACAACGCGUUCACCGUUUGAAUGUGUGUGCAUGUGCGCAAUGUGUGUGUGUGUGUGUUUUUUUUUCUUUGAACAUAAUUUACGUAAUUGUUAUUUAAUUUAAUUUCAACACACAAUAAAAACAAUGAAAAAUAAAAUCAAGACGAAGAAGAGAGAAAAAAAUCGAAAACCAUAA